GUUUAUGUUGAAAAUGUGAGCAGAGGGAGAGCAGCGCCCUCUAGGGGGCGCGCCUGUGUUUGGAACAUGCAGACAGCAGAAGGUCAAACAUGAGAUGAUGACGUAUUUCACGCAAAAGAAGAAAAUAAAACCUCACCGGCUGCCGUACAACCUCACAGGAACAUGGUUCCGGCUUCAGGCUCCUCCUCCCAGCAGGGGGCGCUCCUGUCGUGUCAGCUCCCUGUGACGUCAUACCGCGGGUCAAACGGAAACGCGGGAGCCAGUGAACGCGCUGCCGUCCAGAACCGGUUGGGUCAUGGUCCAGAACUUCCUCGUGGUUCGGUGUUUCCGCUGCCAAAGCUUCCAGGUGCAGCAGGUGAAGAAGGCGAAGAAAUGGAGCUGCAAGCUGUGUGGAGAGAAGCAGUCGCUGCUGAAGGAAUUCGGCCGUGGGUCCGGAGCCGACUGCCGGCGCCACGUCCAGAAGCUGAACACCAUGAGGGGAACCAAGAUGGAGGAGCAUGAGGCCCACGCCUGGUCGCUAUGUGAGCAGCAGGAGGAGGAGCAGCGUCCAGGUGACCAGGUGAGACCUGCUCAGGUGAGACCUGCUCAGGUGAGUCGUUGGAGCAAAUAUCUAGACACACCUGAGGAAGAGGAGGAAGAGGAAGGAUUGGAGGGCAACCAAACCACUGGCAGGAAGAGACACAGACCAGAGGAGCUGGGAGGAGGAAGAGGAGGGGAAGGCUGCCCACCUGUUAAGCUGAAACAGACAGCAGUGACAUCAUCUGUGACAUCAUCUGUGACCUCAGCAGCAGCGCCCAGCGGCUCCGGCUCCAGGCGGGGUCCGUUCCUCAGUGCUGACUGCAGGGGGGCGGAGCUUCCUGUUAUCAGUCAACCAGUAGACACUGCAGCAGCCAAGCCCCACCCCCAACUUCCUGUGUCCUCCAUGUUUGACAGCGGCGAAGACUUCAACUUUGAUGAGGAUUUUCUGACAUUUUAGCUUCGAUUCUUUUCGUUUAUGACUGUUGUUGUUUACAUCAGAGACUCAAACAGGUUCUGGCAUCAUUUCAGGUUUUUAUUGAUCAGAAACCAAGGAACAAAUAAACCUAUUGAUUAUAAAGCUCAGACUGAAGCUACUGAUUACAUG